CGAGGUGCACGAGUAGAGAGGAAAGAAGGGACCGUCAGGAGGAACGUCAGCAUAUUGAACUCGCGUUGAGGACAGCGAGGCGGCGGCAGAGGCAGAUCGCGCGAGUGGGGAUAGGAUCCCCACCAGGUCGGAUCAGCUGACGGAUAUCAGCUCGAACGACUGGCAGCAGGGGACCGAGGAUACCAGUCGCUGCCGCGAGCCCUCGACAGUAACACGCCCAGGCGAGCGCACGUCAGGAGCCCUGUAUAGGGAAAAAGCAAGGAGGACGGGAUGUUGAGCAGGUUGGCAAGUUACUUGCUGCGAGGUUCUGCCUCCGGUGCUGAAGAUGAGGACGCACCUUCGCAGAAUGAAGCGGAGAAAGCAGCGAAGGAAAUCACCUCCAUCCCCAUUGAGGCGCGGCUGCGGCAAGUUGAGGUUGAGGGCAACGAAUGGAUCCUCAUUGAUCGCAAUGGUGAGGGCUACGCGGGUCUGGACGAGUCGUGGUACGUGACACCUCCUGCAUGUUUCACGCAGCCCGGGCCCGUGCAUGUGGAGACGUCGCCCCUGGAGGACUUACUGAUCGAGCAUCCAAGCAUGUCGGUGUACCGGGCGGCGGGACCUACGCCAAUCGCCGAUAAGCCUAAGAAACAGCGUUCGACGAAACGCUGCAGUCCCGUGCCUGAAAAUAUCAAGACACCGGGGACCAGGUUACCUCUAGCACCGCGUAACGCCAAUCUCCAGGCGAAAAUCGACACCACCAUCAUUACCACCAUCGUCACCACCAUUAUCACCACCACCAGCAGCAGCAGCAGCAACAACAGCAGCAACAACAACAGCAGCAACAGCAACAUCAACAACAACAGAAACAGCAAGCAACAGCAACAGCAACAGCAACAGCAGAAGGCUGGAGCUGCUGUUGAACAGCCAUCCAGAAGACCCAGUGUUAGGGAGCUAAGAAAUGUGCGGGGUGACGAGAACGUCAGGAUCGUACAAAUACGCUCCGCCCAGAAGAUGCUAGAAAAACGAUCUUCGCAGUCGGCUAAGCGCAACUGGCUGGAGCACGGCAAUAAGGUGCGCGAGGUUUCCAGCAGCAAGGGUCGGCGUCCGCGGCGUCAAGACCGACUCCGACUCAACAACAGCGGCGCCAAUAACAACCGCAAAUGCUAGUCCUCCGAUCUCAGGCCAGGGUGUGUGUACGCGCGCCAAUUUUCUCCCCCUCCCAACACUUGUCUUCUUCCAUCUCGCUCGCUUACUGUACACACGCGCACACACAGCGGACGAACGGACGGACGGACGGACGAACGGACGAACGGACGCAUGUACACGAAAUCAAUAUUAACACCUACACGCGACGCAUUCGGAACACAUACACGCACGCACGCACGAUCUCUCCCUCAUUCGCCCCUCGCCACCCCC